GUUUACGCCCCUAAAUUAUGCAAGUUUGAAAUAACAACCCUUAAAUUAUCACAUGCGAGGAGAACACCGACCAAGUAACACGCUAUCAUAAAACUAGCCUGUUCAAAGAGGAAAAGAGGAAAUGAAGGCCCUACAAAUUUCACUACUUCUAGCAGUCUUGUUCAGUUGCCAUGUGCACUUUUCUGGAUCACUGUCAGGUUUGGCAUAUGCUUCAAAUCCAGUUCCUCCAGUGUACAGUGAUUCCAGAUCACUUCAGACUGUGUGUAGAAUGCACCCUAACACUCGAUUAGCACCUGGCUUGCCUCGUGUAUACGGUCAAGUUUUUUUCAAACAGUCUGGACCAAAGGAAAAGCUGAGGGUGACUUUCAGACUGUAUGGCCUUCCUGACCACAGUAAGCAGCCCAGGGCAGUGCACAUUCAUGAAUAUGGAGACUUGAGUAAAGGCUGUGAAUCUACAGGUGGGCAUUACGAUCCCCUCGGAAUGAACCAUCCACAACAUCCAGGCGAUUUUGGGAACUUUGUGCCCAAUAAUGGGAAGAUUCGUCAAUCAAUGGAUGCUAAUGCAACACUCUUUGGGAGGCUCUCAGUACUCGGCCGAUCUGUUGUGAUUCAUGAGGGAGAGGAUGAUUUGGGCAGAGGUGGCAAUGUAGAAAGCCUGCGGAAUGGCAAUGCUGGACAGCGACUGGCAUGCUGUGUUAUUGGGCUGGGCAACCCCAGAAAUUAAUACAUACUACACAUAAAAAAAUAUAUAUUUCACAAUCCUUACUACCCAAUAUAAUGCUAUUAAAAUGUUUUAUAUAUAUAUAUAUAUAUAUAUAUAUAUAUAUAUAUAUAUAUAUAUAUAUAUAUAAUAUUUCAAGCUGAAUAACUGCUCUACAUUGUUUAGAAUUAGUACUGCUGUAGAAUUGUAGUUUUAUUUCUCAAAAUGUAUGUUCUUUAAUAAAUCUGACAAAUAAGCAAAGGU